GACGGAAUCCACAGUCAGACGAAAUGGGUGUCUGCUUAUUCCUUCCUCUGGCAGGAGGGCAUGAGAAUCCCAUACACUCUCACCGUUAUCGACACGCCUGGACUGGGGGACACGGAGGGUUUGCAGAGAGACGAGGAACUUGUGGUCAAGAUGAAGGAGUUUUUGGAGCUAUGCGCACCUGAUAUGGAUUUCAUCAAUGCUGUGGGGUUUGUGUUGCAAGCCUCCCUAUGCAGACUCACGGCCACGCAGAAGUACAUAUUUCAUGCAAUCUCCCAACUAUUUGGGAUCGACACCAAGGAAAAGUUCGUGCUGUUGAUAAGCUUUAGUGAUGGACAGGAGGCGCCAGUCAUCCAGACAGUCGAAGGUGCCGGGUUUUCCUACAACAAGCACUACUACUUCAACAACUCUGCCUUGUUCGCAUCCAACAACUGGGAACUGCAAAAAAUGUUCUGGGAUUUGGGGUUGAAAAGCAACGAGAUGUUCCUGAAUUCCUUGGGUAAAACAGCUCCUGUGGGUCUGGCGCAGACAAAAAUUGUGCUCGCUAAAAGGCAAGACCUGAAUGAGACAUUAAAAGAAUUGCAGAAAAAGAUCCCUGAAGUUUCGUCUAAAAUCAUUCAUCUUGAAGACAAAUGCUCACUACUUAAGAAUAAUUUGUCCACGGAAGUGCAAAAAAUUCCAUUGGAGAAGGAAAAUGCCAUAAACUGUUCUAAAUGCAAACAUACCACGUGCGAAUAUCCGGCAACGAUCUCAAAAGUCACAAACGUGAAGGAAAGCAAAUGCAUGAAAUCCGAGGAAAAGUCGUUCCACUGCAAAAAAUGUGGAUGCUCUUGGAGGUACCAUCGACUAGAACCUAAAAGAUACGAAAUGAAAGCUACCCCAAAGAGGAAGCGAAGGAAGGAUCCAGUAAAGGACGACGAGGAACGAAGGCAAAGACGUGAUCUCCAGCGGCUUAUUAUCGAAAUUCAGAAGAACCAGGUGGAAUUGCUCUCUCUAAUCCAACAGGCUCACCAAGCUACUAACGAACUCAGGAAGAUUGCCCUCAAUCCGGACCCGAUGCCCAUGGAGGAAUACAUUAACUUCCUCGUUGACCUGGAGAAGAAAGAGCACAAAGAGGGGUUCUCAAUGCGAAUCCAACAACUAGAGCAGGUAAAGCAGGCGUGCGAUGUUUGCAAGAAGAUGCUCGAGGAGGAAAAUAUUUCCGCUGAUUUUCCAGACGUAAUGCAUAUCGUAGAAAAGCAAGGAAUAGACUUUGAGAGCCUGACAAACGAUUCCACCGACACAGAAUCGGAAGACGAAGCACCAAGGAACAUAGUUGACACCUUCAAGAUGCACGAUGGACUUAUUGUGAAUCUUGUAAAUGCCCACUGUGGUUCGCGCGUCCACGUCGUGAAGAUGGGCCUCAAUGGAGAAAUGAGAAAAGAUUCCAAGAAGUUCAAGGGCGUGAACCAGUUUGAACUGGGUUCAUGCAGCUGGGUCCAGGCACCGGACAUGAAGAAUGCAAGUUAUGCAACCUCAGUGGUGAUCCUCGACAUUUGCUUCCAUAUCAUCGGAGGGUCAAGGAAGCACGAACGGUUGGGCACGAAGUCAAAGACGCGGGGCGAACUGUCUCCAUGUUCAGGAGGCAAGAAGCGCCCC